AUGCGAAUUAAACGCACAAGUCUGCUCAGUCCCCGUAUGACCGAGUUCGGGCAGACUGAGAUUCACACGGGCAGUUUUGAAGUGGUGCUUAUACUGGGAGAUCCUGGUGCAAAAAAGCCUUUGGGAGAUCCUACCUGUGCCAUCCUGCAGGGUCGGGCAGGCCUCAGCGUAGGGGUCACGGGGGAGUUACCUGUGCGACUGCCUCCGCCUCGCCGGCCGCUCUGGGACUACAUUACCCAGCGUGCCCUGCGAGAGGGCACCGCCUCCCGCCGCCGAGGCGCGGCGCGAAGCACGCUGGGACUUGUAGGCCACGCCCACCCCCGAUGUCUCCUCGGGAAGUUGAAACCGAAAAAGUUUGCGGACCCAGAGUACCUUGCCGGCGGGGGCUGCGCGGUUGCUAUGGCUACCUCCCCCCAGCCAACGGGGAGCGGCGUUCUAUCUGACAAUGUCAUCGAUCGUAUGAAGGAACCCUCUUCGCCCAGUGGAAGAGCCCAUCCUCAGCAGCGAUCGGCCCCUGGUGCAGUUAAUGAAGAAGAGCUUAAGAAGAGAAUAGCUGAAGAAUUGGCACUAGAACGAGCAAGGAGAGAUUCUGAAGCCCAAAAGAGAAGGUUGAAGCAGGAGCAGACGUACGUGCGCGACGAGUUGGGCAAACUCCUGGAGCGCGAGCGGGCGGCCUCCAACGAGCACCUGGCUCGGGCCGUUCUCCGGGAGCGAGCGGCCACCGAAGAGGAGCGCCAGAAGGCCCAGCGCUUUUUUCCUCUUAUUUUAGCAUAUUUCAGUGGAACAGCUCAAGUGAAGCAAUCGGGAGCUGCUGUUCACUCGCUCCUCAUCUUGGAGAGCGUCGUCUCGAUCGGGCGCCGUUGA